AUGGCGAUUAUAGACGACAAAUCACAGUACUGUAUCCCAUUCCUCCUCGAGCGCCUGCGCAUCCAUAAGGAGCGGCACGGCAACUCGGACGGUACCCCACCAUUCUUCUUGGGGCUCAAUGGCGUGCAGGGAGCCGGCAAGACCGUCCUGGUGUCGACCCUGUAUGAAACUCUUCGUUCGGAACCUUAUUCGCUCGAUGUAGCGACCUUGUCACUUGACGAUCUCUACCUGACCCAUGCCGAUCAAGUCGCGCUCGCACAAGCCAACCCGACAAACCCUCUACUGCAGCACCGGGGGCAACCUUCGACGCAUGACUUAGCGCUGGCGGAGAAAGUUUUCGCUUCGCUAGCGGCUGAGCAGCCGACGGCGAUUCCGCAGUAUGACAAAUCGGCAUUUGCCGGCCAGGGAGAUCGGGUGCCCGAAUUCCGAUGGCCAGUGGUGAACAAGGAAGGGCAACCUAAAGUCAAGGUUGUAAUCUUCGAGGGUUGGUGUGUCGGUUUCCGGCCCCGGGACGAUCAGACCCUUCGUUCUCUAUGGGAGGCUGCAGUGCGGCAAAAAGAAGCGGGCAAUUAUCAAGGUCGACUGGGCCAUGUUAAAUUCGAGGAUGUCCAAGCUGUCAAUGAUGCAUUGAAGCGAUACGACUCGUUGACUGAUAAACUUGAUGCACUGGUUCACAUUGACGCCCAAGAUCUACGCUUCGUCUACGAAUGGCGGCAAGAACAGGAGCGUACUCUGAAGGCAACCAAAGGCACUGGCAUGACAGAAGAACAGGUCAAUCACUUUGUGGAUGGAUAUUACCCAUCGUAUGAGCUUUUCACGGAGACACUUCGGAAUGGAGCUUUCAAACCGACAGCUCAGGUGUCCUCAGCCACGGCAGACUGGCAGGGAAGGCAACUGCGGUUGGUAGUGGAUCGUAACCGAAAAGUACAAGAAGUAAUCCAGAUCUGA